UGUCUUCCUCCUAGCUUUGGUGUGAGAUGCCUGUUUUAACCGGUCGCCUUAGAGGUAAUGGGACGUGCGAUGACGCUCACCUUGUGACGUUUGCCUCUGGCGACUGUUUGUCUGCUCAUUGCUACAGAGUGCCAUGGGCCAAGGCUCGCCAGACCUAUUUUUCCCGUGGAAAAAACAAGCAGUCUCUGGAUGCCAUUGAGAAAGCAGCGUUCCUGGUGACAUUGGACGACACCGCGCAGGGCUAUAACAAGAAGGACCCCGUCACCUCCAUGGACACUUACGCCAAGUCUCUGCUCCAUGGCAAAUGUUAUGACAGGUGGUUUGACAAAACGUUCACAUUCAUCGUCUUCAAGAAUGGCAAAAUGGGCCUGAAUGCCGAGCAUGCUUGGGCAGAUGCACCAAUUGUCGCCCAUCUAUGGGAGUAUGUGAUGUCCACAGACUGCUUCCAGCUGGGCUACACAGAAGAUGGUCACUGCAGGGGAGACACCAAUCCCAACAUUCCGUGCCCCAUGAGGCUCCAGUGGGAAAUCCCAGAAGAAUGUCAAGAUGUCAUCGAGAAGUCGCUGAGCCUCGCCUGCACCCUGGCCAACGAUGUGGAUUUUCACUCGUUCCCGUUUGAUGCUUUUGGUAAAGGGCUAAUCAAGAGAAGCAGAACCAGUCCAGAUGCCUUCGUGCAGCUGGCUCUGCAGCUGGCCCAUUACAAGGACAAGGGCAAAUUUUGCUUAACGUAUGAAGCUUCCAUGACCCGCCUUUUCCGAGAAGGACGAACAGAGACUGUCCGUUCCUGUACUAUGGAGUCUUGCAACUUUGUGCUUACCAUGGUGGACCCCAUGCAGACGGUUGAAAAAAAGCUCAAAUUAUUCAAAAUUGCAGCUAAUAAACACCAACAUUUGUAUCGUCUUGCCAUGACUGGUGCUGGCAUUGACCGCCAUCUUUUUUGCCUUUAUGUGGUCUCCAAAUAUCUAGGUGUUGAUUCUCCUUUCCUGAAAGAAGUUUUAUCUGAUCCAUGGAGACUGUCAACUAGUCAGACACCUCAACAGCAGAUAGAACUCUUUGAUCUAGAAAGGAAUCCAGAAUAUGUGUCUAGUGGAGGUGGCUUUGGACCGGUUGCUGAUGACGGUUAUGGGGUGUCCUAUAUUAUAGUAGGGGAGAACCUCAUCAAUUUCCAUGUGUCCUCCAAGUUCUCUAGCCCCGAGACUGAUUCUCAUCGGUUUGGAGCUCACCUGAGGCAAGCCAUGGUCGACAUCAUCAACUUGUUUGGACUCCAUUCCAAUGCCAGAAAGUAAUUCCAGUUACACCCACCACGGGGGAAAUGGAACUCUUCUGACACCAAAUAAGACUGGACAUUGCAAGGGCCAGAAGACACUCUUUUCCAGAGAUGGUUUUUGUUUUGUUUUGUUUUGUUUUUGAGAGAGAGAGGGAGAGAAGACAGCGGGAGAGCAGAGUAUAUGAUAUGAAGAAGCAUAAUUUUGUUACUUCUAGGUAUGUCCUAAUGAUGUGAAUGCUUGAUUCCCCCCCUAAAGUCUUUGUCUUGUUUAAAUUUAAUAAAUGAAGGGAUUGAAGUAGUGUCGAUUUAAUGUAAGUAGAGAAAUUUUGAUGUAAUAUAUGUGUUGGGAGCAGAAAUAGCAUGUUUCCUCAAUUGUGACUGUAUAUCUGGUACUUAUGGGCAUUUAACUCCUGUUAUCAGAACAGAUAUAUAUGCAUUAUAUAUUUUUUAAAUUGUUUAAAUUGGAAGUGUAAUCAAUGGACAUAGCCAUGUCAUGGACUGACUAAGAAUGGGGCAGCUCUUUGGAACAAGCUUUUGCCACAAUGGAGAGCUCAGUUACUUACACUGCCUAAGAGAAUAUCCACCCCCUGUGUUUGCUUCAUCUCUAGUUUUAUUGGUAUGGGAAUAAACCUUGAGUGUAUUUAUAAGCCCAGUGCCUUAAAAAUGGAAGGCCCUAAACACAAGAAAAGUCUUACACAGAUUGUAUUAUAACUGUAAAGUCUGUUGCUGAAUUGUGGGAUUACAAAUUCUGUUCUCUUAUCUUUUUUUUUUUUCCACUUGGGUUCAGUCCUGGAAUGAACUUGUGAGCAGAGUAUGAACCACCCUUCACAGGCAGGCAUAUGUGUCUGGUUUUCUCCUGCCACAGAGUCCAGCUUUCAUGGGGGGGGGGGGUGUGCGCGCGCAUGCUUGUGAGAGAGAGAGAGAGAGAGGCCACUUCAAUCAGCUUUCCCCUCCUUCCAAAAUGGGGAGCGUGGCAUUGGCUAGAGAGGCAGAGUAGCCAUCUGUUGUCACCAGCCGGGUGCUACUACGUAGGAGCAAAUGUAACAUGAUGGCUGAUGUAAGAGAGAGGAUGAUGGGAAGGAAGGGAAGAAAAGCAGAGCGCAGGUAUUCCAAGUUUUUAAGAGUGGAGCCUCUUCUUCCCAGCAGGAUUGUUUUUGGAGAGAGAGAGAGAAAGAGAGAGAGAGAAAGAGAGAGAGAGAAAGAGAGAGAGAGAAA